UGUAAGUAAAUAGUCCUCACAUGAAUCGAUUGUUAUCAUACCUUAUAGCUGGGAACGGAACGUUAUUAAGCUAUAAAAGCUGGAUGGAAAGGUCAACGUCCGCUCUCAAAGGGUGACGUCAUGGGGAAUCCCCGCAUGGAAAUACCCGACUAUUUUUCUUCAUUUGCAUGUACCAGGUGGGGCAGAGCGUGAGGUGUUCGUUCACCAUAAAACACAUCAGUGACCCAGGAAUUGGGCUCCUGGAGCUCUUUCCUAGAGUGAAGAUACUCCAUAGAAGACAUACAGAUACCCAAGAGACCUCGGUGCACCAGCUGUAUGCUCUCUGACCUGCAGACUUGAUGACCUCGAUGAGAGGUGUUUUUGCGACGUACCAUUUGAACAGCCGCCACCCACCGUAACGGCACCACAAAUGUCUGGUGCACGUCCUAAAGUUUAUGCUCGGCGGUCGUCAAGCAACAGCUCGGAUGACGACACGGGAGCUCUGUGCCGCCAAGCUAACCCAGGGGAACUUGCAGUCUCGUCCAGAGAUGCUCAGGCAUAUGAAGGUGACUUGCAGCUCAGACUGGCCUGUCAACAGCCAGGCACUGUUCAGGGCAUCAGCUAUACUGGUCACGUGGAGGGCAAGGACAACGUCCUACUGCAGCCUGGGGCCAACUGCGAGCUAACUUUCAACAGCCCUCUUAUCCAACACGUCACACACGUAACGUAUAAGGACGGAACCGAAGUGACGUAUGAUGCUGGCGAGGAAGGUCUGAGACACCAGACACACUCAGCAGAUAUCGACAGACUGGACGACAUAGCAAGCUUAGCCAACAUCCCCACAGGUCGCCCGCUCACAAAUGUGCGCAGACCUCAGGCUCAGCUUCCCUCCACAGAGCAGCUAGAGUGGCUGAAGUGGCAUCUAAAACGGCUCUACAGGACGAAGCUGGGGGAGUUCCAGCCUCUUCCCUGGUUCGACGACCUCCAUCUUCAACUGAAGGAUGUGUACACAAACCUUCAAAUAGUCAGGAAGGACAGGGCAGAUAGGGACCUACCAUUCAGACGGCCAGGGAGGGGGGAGACAGGGAAACGGUUUGGUAGUAACCCUCGAGUUUCUGGGGGGGCCCCCGGGCUUAUCAGGAUAGAGCAGAUAUUUGAUGUAAAUAGAAAUGGAGAGAUUAUUAAGAUUGAAGAUCAUGGGGUAUUUCAGGAUGAGAAAACGGAGAAGCCAAAGAGAAUAAGGAUUGAGGGUCCACCGGGCAUAGGUAAAAGUAUCCAGUGUCGUAAGUUGGCGUGCGACUGGUCCAGUGAUUCAUUCCAACAAUUCGAAUUCGCUUUCCUCUUGCAACUGCGUUACUUUGAUGGUAACGCCAAAGAUGCCGUUUUCGACCAGCUCUUGCCCGAGGACACAGACAUAGACAGGGAGGGUCUAUGGUCAUACAUGAGACAAGCCGCCAAUCAGCCCAAAGUGCUGUUCAUCCUAGAUGGCUUGGAUGAGUUGAAACCUCAGGUUAGACAGUCUUCUGACGUGAUAAAGCUGAUACAGCAAAGGGUCAUGACCGAUGCUACUGUAGUAGUUACCUCCCGUCCUCACGAGUGUACUGCAGACCUAAAGGGUUGUCCGUUACAUUGCAAUAUCACAGGCUACACAGAGGCGAAUAGCCAAGAAUACAUUCACAAAUACUUUAGUGAGCGCCCUCACCUCGCAAACAGUCUUGGAUCGCGGAUAGCUAGAGACAAAAACUUACUUGAACUUGCCACAAAUCCCCUCAACACCAUGUUACUUUGUAUUGUUUGGGAAGACAAUGACGGUUCACUUCCAUCGACUAUCACAGGUUUAUUCUCUAGCUUGGUUCUCUGCAUUGUGAAGCGUUACUGCAGCAAGAACGACAUAAAUGUUGCUGGCACAGAGAUCCCUGGCAAUGUAUUUACUCAGCUUGUAGAAAUGGGCCGAGUUGCCUGGGAAGGCCUUCUCCGUAAUGAGGUAAACUUUGAUGAGGCUGAUUUUCAGUCCGUGACCAGGGGCAUGGAGAUGUUCAAACUUGGAUUUCUCACAAAAGACUUGGGAGCAUCCCGCAUCGAAGCUUCUUUUGUUUGGUCGUUUCUGCACAAAACCUUCCAAGAGUACUUUGCUGCAGUUUUCCUGUCUACAGAUGCCGCUGUCCAGGAGGGCUUAAGUGGCUCUGUGUCAACUGGCAUGUUUGAGUUCAUCCCACACCAGCUUUUUCUGGUGGAACCACGAGCCAGGCGACUACGGGCAAAUGUGUCUGAAACCGUGCCUACUUUUAAAGAACGUGUCUUGCGUUCGUUGGAAGACGAUAACUUGCACCAAGUUUGCUUGUUUCUCGUUGGCACCUUGAAGACUCGCGCAAGAGCAGUAUUUGAAUGCUUCCGUAGCCGUCUCCUGGCGUUGCAAAGUAGUGGCGACAGUGAUGCAAAAGACCAGUUCAGAGCUCUGUUUGCGUUCUGCAUCAAAUGUCUGAUUGAGAGUGAAAGUGACCUAGAUCUAGUGAGAGUGCUUUACCCCUGUUUUCCGAAGACUAUUGAUGUUUCAGAUCUCUUUGCAUAUGUGCAUGGUGACAUCUGGCGUUUUGGUCUUCCUUUGCUUUUAAACGCAGAGUGUCCAGGUGUAACCCGAGUUGAUAUAAACCUAUCGACACAUCCCAUGACGAAAGAGGUGGCUUCAGCAUUGGUAAGAAACCGCUUUGUGACACAUCUCUCAAUAACAAAGCUUGAACUAGAUGUUAUGAUAUUUCCUGGCUUGAAUAUCGAGGACCAGGAAGCUGCAUAUGGAGGAGUUCCUCUCUGGGACGUAUUGGAAAGGGCGCAGUCUAUUCGUGUCUUCUUCGCCCAAAUCCUCGGGCUUACAACUAGUGACAGAGACUUCGUACUGAUGACCAAACUAUUUCGUGCCAUGUCCAUUUGCACACCUCUGUCCUCUAUUAUACUGAAGCUGCACAUGGAGGAGUCUGAUUUCGAUUUCCCUGGUUCGCUUUCUCUCGAUGAAGACCACUUGUUAGUAAGCUUCGCCUCGUUGCAGUCGUACUUGCACGAGUCCAUAUUUUCUGGUGCGCCGCUUCGCAAGCUUCGCCUGCCUUUUGACCUCUUAGCUUCGUCGAGCACACUCAGCACAUUCAAGCUUUGGAUCUAUGGAGCGUUACAACAUCACCCAGAAGAAUACUACUACGAGCCAGACUCAGACGGUGGAGAUGAGCUGGAAGAUUACGUCCCAACUAGUGUUGAUGACCGGGCUUUCAAUGAGUCGAUUGGAAGGCUUCUCUGCGAGUCAAAGACCAUCAAAACCUUUAGCUUGAGGUUGAUGUACAGGUGCACUGUCUUUUGGCAUACCAAGAACCUUCCAAGUAUCUUGGCUAACAUUAUAUCCGUUACUGAAGUUCUUCGGCACAUUGUGCUACAUUUUUCUUUUUAUCAUAAGCAAAAGGGCAGAGAUAAUCCUAUCACUUACAGAGAGUUAACUCGGUUUCACAUCUUCAGGCUGAUGGAUGCUCUGGCUCAAAAUAGGACCCUGAGGACAUUUGAAUUAUUCAUUGACGACGAUGUUGAUGUGGGUGUUUCAAGAAACGAGGCAGAUGUUCCAUGUAAGACAUCACGAAAUCGCCGCAAAAUACAGCUGACCGCGCGGGUCGGUUAA